AUGACCGUCACGCGCUCUCAGACGGGGAAAACACCCAAUGGACACUUUGAAUUUGGUGGCUCCUGGGGUGUAUUGUCUAUGAUGAUCGGGUUUCCAAUGCUAAUGUAUUACAUGUGGAUUGGUGCCGUCUAUUACGAUGGAAAGUUCCCUCGUGCCUCGGAAGGACAGAGCACGUUAGCUUUCAUCGCGCACCUAGCCAACUUAGUCUACGUGGGUGCCUUCCCUUCUAUCAAGGCAUGGACUAUCUACUGGGUGUUUUUCCUUUUCGAGGGCGCUUGCUACUUGCUCCUACCGGGCAUCACUGUUAUGGGCCGCCCUCUGCCGCACCUCGGAGGAAAGCAACUGCCAUAUUAUUGCUCUGCGGUCUGGUCUUUUUACACAAGUAUCUUGCUGGCUUUGACACUACACUUCACCGGAAUUUUCAAACUAUAUACUAUUAUCGACGAGUUUGGCUCUCUAAUGAGUGUCGCCAUCAUCUCCGGAUUUCUGGUGUCUUUUGUUGCAUACUUCUCAGCUUUGGCACGUGGAGCUCAACAUCGUAUGACAGGUUAUCCCAUCUAUGACUUCUUCAUGGGCGCCGAACUCAAUCCCCGGAUGUUCGGCAUCUUGGAUUUCAAGAUGUUCUUUGAAGUCCGCCUCCCUUGGUAUAUCCUCCUUUUUGUCACUAUGGGCGCUGCGGCCAGACAAUACGAAGUCUACGGCUACGUCUCUGGAGAGGUAGGGUUUCUUUUGAUGGCGCAUUUCCUAUACGCAAAUGCCUGCUCCAAGGGCGAGGAGUGCAUAGUGUCAACCUGGGAUAUGUACUAUGAAAAAUGGGGUUUCAUGCUAAUUUUCUGGAAUCUUGCCGGCGUGCCCUUAAGCUACUGCCAUUGCACGAUCUACCUUGCCAACCAUGACCCGGCCACCUAUCAUUGGAACCGCUACUUCUUGACAUUCCUCUAUAUUGCAUAUCUCUUCGUAUAUUGGGUUUGGGAUACUACCAACAGUCAGAAGAACCGUUAUCGUCAGCAGGAGCGCGGAACUAUGGUCUUCCGAAAUACGUUCCCGCAGCUUCCAUGGCAAACAUUGGAAAACCCCAAGACCAUCACGGCUGAAGAUGGCUCCAAGAUCUUGGUGGAUGGUUGGUACGGCAAAGCCCGUAAGAUCCACUACACUUGCGAUCUUUUCUUUGCGUUGAACUGGGGUCUUAUCACUGGCUUCAAAAGCCCAUUCCCCUGGUUCUACCCUGUUUUCUUUGCAUGCAUGAUCUCUCACCGUGCUUUGCGAGAUAUCCAGCGCUGUCGCAACAAAUACGGUGAAGCCUGGUUAGAGUAUGAAAGACGAGUCCCUUAUCUUUUCAUUCCCUACGUGUUUUGA